AUGUGGCGCGAUAUUUAUCCUAGUAUCUAUAAUCGGUAUACUGAGCUAAGAGUAUAUAGAGAACUUACGCUAGGAGAAUAUAGCGCUGCGGCUAGUAUUAGGCUAUUACCUAAGAUAGCGAGUACCCUCUUAGGGUUCUCUAAGGAAGAGGGUAGUAAAGUGGUUAUAGUGAACCACGGGGAGGAAAAGGAGGAUAAGGAUAACACUAACCCGGAUACGGUAAAUAAUAUCGAUAAGGACGAGGAUAUAGCCGACGCCUAUAAUGGCGAUAAUAAGCCUUCUCGAGGUUAUAUAAAGAUAACUCUUAAGGCUAAGCUACUAGCUUAUAAUUAA